CGGAGGGGGAGGUGGCCGGCUGCUUCUCCCGCGUCCGCCAUUUUGUUGCUGUGGUUAUUGGGAACUGGCUGGGCAAAAUCGUCCCAGAGGCGCAACACGCCUUGGAUCCCGUGCUUCGUGUGACGGCGAGAGUCGGUGCAGGCCCGUGGGACUGCGGAGCCGGCGCGUUCCAGGCCGGGAGUCACUGGAGGCACCCUCGGUACGCCAAGCAGCCCAAAAGCCCCGGGGCGGUCACCGCUGCGGCCCGGCGUCGCCCGCCCCGACCCCCGGGCUCUGCCCCGCAUCCCCGGGCCGGCUCUCUCCCUGAGGCGGCUCCGGAGCAAGGGGGCGGCGGCGAAGGAUGCUGCGGGCCCAGAGCUGAGAGGAAGGUGCUGGCCCGGCCCUCUAAGCGCGCACUGAGGUGUACCUAGAGGCCCUUUUUCGGCCCCACAACAGUCUGCCGGGCAAAGGCUUCCAGAGCAGGCGAGAGCAGUCGCUGCCCCAACACGGCAUCAUGUCCUCUGCCAGGUUCGACUCUUCAGACCGCUCCUCCUGGUACAUGGGGCCGGUGUCUCGCCAGGAGGCGCAGACCCGGCUCCAGGGCCAGCGCCACGGCGUGUUCCUAGUCCGUGACUCUUCCACCUGCCCCGGGGACUAUGUGCUGUCGGUGUCCGAGAACUCGCGGGUCUCCCACUACAUCAUCAACUCGCUGCCCAACCGCCGUUUUAAGAUCGGGGACCAGGAGUUUGACCAUUUGCCGGCCCUGCUGGAGUUCUACAAGAUCCACUACCUGGACACCACCACCCUAAUCGAGCCCGCGCCCAGGUAUCCAAACCCACCAAUGGGAUCUGUCUCAGCACCUAACCUGCCCACAGCAGAAGAAAAUCUGGAAUAUGUACGGACUCUCUAUGAUUUUCCUGGGAAUGAUGCUGAAGACUUGCCCUUUAAAAAGGGUGAGAUCCUGGUGAUAAUAGAGAAGCCUGAAGAACAGUGGUGGAGUGCCCGGAACAAGGAUGGCCGUGUUGGGAUGAUUCCUGUCCCUUAUGUUGAAAAGCUUGUGAGAUCCUCACCACAUGGAAAGCAUGGAAAUAGGAAUUCCAACAGUUACGGGAUCCCUGAACCCGCUCAUGCAUAUGCUCAACCUCAGACCACAACUCCUCUACCUGCAGUUUCCAGUACUCCUGGGGCAGCAAUCAAUCCUUUGCCAUCUACACAGAAUGGACCUGUCUUUGCAAAAGCAAUCCAGAAAAGAGUGCCCUGUGCUUAUGACAAGACUGCCUUGGCAUUAGAGGUUGGUGACAUUGUGAAAGUCACAAGGAUGAACAUAAAUGGCCAGUGGGAAGGCGAGGUGAAUGGGCGUAAAGGGCUUUUCCCCUUUACACACGUCAAAAUCAUUGACCCUCAAAACCCAGAAGAAAACGAGUGAUUGCUGUUGCCCUGCUUCCUGCUGCUUCGUUGUUCUGCCUGUCAUAGUCUCCUUUGAAGUGGGAAAGCAUUCUCUCUCAUAGGCAAGUUACACUGCAUUGCCGACGUCCAGCUUUCUGCAGACUGGCAGUCUCUCAUACACAUUUGGAAUGCACACAGUGGCUGCCUCAUGGCAUUUGUAUCAUAGUCGUAUUGUCAAAGAAUAGCCGAUUUUAGAGUUCUUUUGCAUCAUAAACUGGAAAUACUAGUGGAAGCACACAAGUGGAGAGAAGUUGACAAGGAAAGGGUCUUCCUUCUCAUCAUUGCCCUGUUUGUACUUGGGACUGAUUCUGUCAUUUUCGUCAGAGAAAGCUUGAGGCUGUGGUGAAAUAGUGCACAUUGCUGUUCCACAAAGCAGUGGCUUAGCUGCCAUCUUGUUUUUCUUUGGACAAUAUAGGAAAUGAACCUUAAGGAAGAGACAAUUCUAAACCCCCCACCCCAAAUAUAGCUUUUCUUUUGGUUUGGUUUGGUUUGGUUUUGGAAGACUAAUUAGACUUGUGUGUUCUGAACAGGAUUUUAAGUAGCAGGUUGGAUUUUUAUGAUAGUCCAAGGAAUGACACCUCCCUCUGAGCUUCUAAACUGGAGCCUUCGUAACUAAAGAAAUAUGAAAAGAACCCUGAAGCAGAGGCCUCUACUGUCUUUGUUGCCAGUAGUUCCUUGUUUUGCCAUAUAGCAAACAACACAAAAGAAAUCAGCAGUCAUGCUGUGCCAAGCUACAUGCACAGCCUCUUGGAUUACUUUGUCCCCCAAAGCAUCAGAGUGGGGGUGCUUUAGGGAAACCUUUGCUUGCCUUGUUUGCCAGUGACAGGAUCAGGGGUGGGGGAGUGGUGGAGCACUUGGCCAAUUUUCUGUCCAGCUUUUCAGUGAAUGUACCCUUUAAGGUACAGGACUUAAAUUUUUUAAAAAGUGAGGUUCUUCAUAGAAUCAUUGGAUUUAUUAAUGAAUCAUUAAAUCAAAUCAUUAAAUUAUACCCACCGAAGUCCAGUCCUCCCUGCCCCCAGCCCAACCUUACCAGGCUGUCAGAGAAAGAUAGUGCUGCUAAUACUGGUUCCACAGUCUUAAGGGUCUGUGAUGCUCCCAAGCAAAGGAAAUGAAAACUCUGGAAAUUGGUUAAUGAGUUUGUCGAGUGCUUUAGUAACUGGGGAGAACCAUUAAACAAUUUACCAUUAACUCAGUGUGUUGAUGUUAAAGCUUUUUCCUUUUAGUUAAAAGAGGUCUGUUCAUACAAGCCAGCUGGUACCAAUGUGUGUGACCUAUCCCUCAUCUGUUGCAUGUAGCAGACUAGAAUUCUGGAAUCUUUAUUCAGUUCAGUCUGCUCUCCCUUCAGGGCCCUGGUGAAGACAAGCCUCAGCUCAGAAUGCAUACAGCAGAUCUAGAAAUAUAGCAACAACCUAAUGAGUAACUGUCAUUUACUGAGCAUCUGCUAUAACUAUGGCCCUGUCUGUGGAGAGUCUUAGAUUUUGGGCUUAGAGCAAUAUAUUCUGGUGACAGAACCAGUGAAACAACCAUUUUUCUUUUCUUCUUUUUCCAAUUUUCUUUAAAUCAGUAUUCCAUCAAGCAGGUAACUACCAUAUUAAAGAAUCUUGAGAGUGUUCUUUUGAAAAAAUUAAUGGUCAGUAGGGAAAAAUAUCAACAUGGUUGCCCAUCUUCCUAACCAGUGAGAAUUGUGGCCACCUCCUGCUGUGAAGUCUGUCCGUUGCGGUUGCCUUUUCUGUUUAGGUCUGUUUGGUCAGCUUGUUCUGAGUUCAGGCCCAGCCUAGCACCCACAAGUGGUGGGCAUGUGAUAGAGUCCCCAAACUCUGCCCUGAAACAGCACUUGCUUUUCUGCAAGUGAUCCAGUUCAGCCUUACCCUUGUUGGCACCUGCACUUCAGUGAGGAGUUGAGCAUAAGGUGGAAUGUGUGCCUUGUUCAAAGAGAGCACAAACCCUAAGGCCUUUUAAAACCAGAUUUAAAAAAAUAAAAAAACAUUUAGCUGAAGGGCUCCACCUUUUAAUUUGAUAGGAUUGGCUCAGAGCAAAAGAAGUAUGUGGCUGUUUUGGAAAGCAAGGUUUCUUUUCAGCCAUGUCACUGAGCAAUAGCAAGACCCACCUUGUGUGCAGGACUUCAGAAUCAAAACACCCCAUAAGCCUAGGGUUUGGCUUCGUAAUGAACCAGCUUAUUACUUUAGCCUAGGUAAAUGUAUCCAGGGCUGCCCAGGAGAGAGAUUCAGUGCUCAAAAUAAGGUGAACCUUGAGUUCUGAACUUUCAAGAAAUGUGCCAAAAGUAGUAACUUUUUGACUUGGAACCUUAUUAGUUUUUUAAUGGGGCAGGGCACUUCUCUUUUUCAUACUAAAUAUGUGAAAAGCAGCACCCCUGCCUCAGCUUCAUGCCUGGGUUCCCCACUGGUCUGGGAAGACAUUUGUGCUUCAUAGAGCAAUGCAUAUCUGACCCAGAUGGUUUCUUUUAUGAUUGUUCAUUACUGCUACUUGAUGUGUUCUACUGUGUUAAAAAAAUAUUUGGAUGUUAAAUUAACUCAGCAUGGUUUUUCACCUGGGAAGGAAACAAAUUAUGUACUAGAGGGCAUUUACAGUUUCAUUAAAAAGUUGUUUAUCCUGGGAAGGACCUCCAAUACAGGUGUUGCCCUGUCAUGUCUGUGCUGUGUUACCACCUGAUGACAUGGUUGACGAAGAGGAGGAUGCAUUGACUGGCUGCCAUUUGAUGACUUUGGUCACCCAAGCUAAACAUCUUCUGUGCUCAUGGUUGGAAAACUGAAAGGAGGGAAGGACAGCUACACCCUCCUUGGAGCUCACGCAUCCCUGUCACUGUGCUAGCUUUCCUUUACAGCUGUUUACAGACAAGGCGGGCCUAAGACAGAUGGCCACUGCUCUUGUAAUGUUUGCUCAGAGGAAUAUGAACAUUUUUUUUUUUUGAAAAGGGAUGACAUGGUUUUGUGCCAGGUGUUUAUAAUUUAACCCUUUAAUAUUAUGUUCAUUAACCUCUUAAAAUGAACGAAUUAUUGAUUGUCUUAAUACAGUACCUAUGACUAAUGCUUUUCUGUGGACACCACUGAGCUCUGCCUCAAACUCCACCCUCUGGGACCAGAGAACUAUGUCCCUGGUAACUGCUGUCAGUGUGGACACUGAGCUGGUUGUAUAUUCUAAAGGAAUGGAAGGACAGUUCUCUGAGACAGGAUCGUUGUCCCUACAGGAGGAACAGUGGCCUUGCUUCUAGACGGUCUUCACUGUGUGUUUUAAAACAACAACAACAUAAAACUCUUGACCUAUAACUUAAAGAUCAUAAACUUCAGGCAAUAAUAUUUUCUGUGUAAGCUUUUAAAAUUAUUUUUGGGGAUCAUAGCUUGUUUUAUUUUGUGCUAUAAAAUUAACAGUAUUAAAUGACUUAUAUUCUUAGAACACAUCGAGUGUCUUUUCUUAACAGAUUAGUGCCUUUUUAUUUUUGUAUUCCAUUUUACGUUACUGGUCCCAGCAUAAAAACCCUUGUUUCCAUGGCCUGUUUGUACAUUGUCUCAAUAAAACUUGCAUCAGCUGGU